CACAGAGGUUAAAAUAACAGCUGAUUGCCUAAUAGGAAUUUGUUUAUCUGAAUUGGAUCAAGUAAAAAAAUUCAGUUAGCGAAAAAGUGAUUGGUUUUAUUUAUUUAUACCUAUAGCAAGCUUAUUAACAAUGGACGAAGUUGAUAAAAUUAUUGUCCAUUCGCUUAAUCAGAUUGGCUGCCAAAUCGACGAUAAUUGUACCAUGGCCGAAUUCACGCCCAGCAUAUUGGUGCACGCAGUAUCCAAAUGCUUGUAUAAAAUUGAACCAUUAUCCACCAACAUUCCGAAGGCACUUCCCGAAGGACUAGCAAUGGCGCAGAGAUUCUCCGUAGCUACAGCAUUGUCAACAAUUAUAUCCAAUCUUAACUAUCGCGGAGAUAUUGGGUAUCAGACGUUCUUAUACCCGAACGCAGUAGACGUUCGAAAAUUGUUAAUGUUCCUUAUAGAAAAACUACCGCGCGAUGAAAUGGCGUCCACAGGAGGAGACUCCGGUUUAUUGGGAGACCUAGAAAUAUGGCGUAGAAACGUCAAAGAAACAAUUUUACACCAAUUACACAAACCAUGGGUACCACCAUAUUGCAGAAAUGGAUGUACUGGUCAAACAACAACCUUUAAACCUCAUCACAAUUUAAAUUUUUUUGUAGAAUUGUCAAUUCCGGAUCAAGGUGCUCAUUUGGUGCAGCACAAAACGAGAAACAUUUUCCAAAAAACUUCAGCUGAAGAAUUCGAUCUAAUUAGUUCAAUUCUACAUCAAAACUCGUUUGAUUUAUAUGCUGGCCACGAAAAUUUCAACCGAGAACAAAUAAAGCUUUCAACAAAAGAAAUAGCCGACUAUCAAACCUCAGAUGUAUGCAAAUCUGAAAGAUACGUUUCAACUGAUAUGGUGGACUCAUCGCCUCUUAUCAAACUAACAGAUGAGGUCAAUAAGUUCAAAGUUCAAAACGUUGAACUUCUAUUAAAACGAAAAACAUUAAUAAGUGAUAUAAAUUCUAUGAAAAAUCAACAAGGAGCCGUUCAAAAGGAACUAGAAAAUGUCUGUGCAAAACUUAAACUUCACGAACGCACUUGCCUCGUUCUAGACAAUCCGAAAGAGAAUACUGGCAAAUUAGAAACACUCAUACGAAGCACUGUAGAACGUCGAAAAAACUUAGAUCAUCAAUGGCAUGACUACCGCCAACCGAUGUUGGAUACACUUGAACGACUGAGGUCAUCCAAACAACUAAACUAUUCUCGAAAUCUGAAAAAAAAUCGGGAAAUAAUUACACAGUUGCAGCAAAACUUGGAACAAAGGAAUGCACAACACAACGAGCUUAGCACGGAAUUAAGAGCAUCAAAAAAUGAUCGGGCAGCACCGCGAAAAGAAUAUAUUCAAAGGAUACUCGAAUUUAUAUCAAAUAUACGGAAACAGCGCAGUGAUAUUUACAAAGUUCUGGACGAUACGAGAGACUUGCAAAAGCAACUAAAUUCUAUAUCCGCUCAAUUACAACGUCAGUUUUGUUACACAGAUGAUCUACUUUUCCAGACAGCCAAACACGACAUGCACUCAAAACAAGCCUACAAGCUUUUGGCCUCGUUGCACACCACAUGCAAUGAACUUGUUGAUAUCGUUGCAAAGACAGGAAAUGUGACUAACACAAUACGAGAGGUAGAGGUACAAAUUGAUCGUGAGAAAAUAAAAAAUGUUAGGGCAAGUUUACAACAAAUAACGGCAGACAUACAAAAUUUUGAAAACAUUAUUCAUAACAUUCAGACCGAUAUUCGCGAAAUAGAAAACGAAAUUUCAAAUGCUUAAAUCUCGUGAAUGUACGUACAUACCAGUGUUGACAAAAUGUUAAUCUAAUUAACGAUUAAAAGGUUAAUCACGAUUAACGAUUAAAAUUAAUUAAUCGUAAUCAUCCGUACGAUUAAUAAUUAC